GCGCAGUCUGUGCGCUGAGCUCUAAUGGAGGACAUGUCUGCUGUAUAAUCGUCUUUUUCUGCGCUGGUUUUUGGCUUUCGUGCACUCAACAGCUGUCAGUCGACCCAUCGACACCUUCCAGAAGGCAGAAUGGCUUCAGACUCUGUCUCUCAGAGCUCUCAGAGUCCUGUCACCAGGAUCAUGACCUUUCAUCCAACAAAAGAGGAGUUCAAAGACUUCAACAGAUACAUCGCAUAUAUGGAGUCACAGGGAGCUCACAGAGCAGGAAUGGCAAAGGUGGUGCCACCGAAAGAUUGGAAGCCCAGACACACGUAUGACGACAUUGACGAUUUGGUGAUUCCCGCCCCUAUUCAGCAGGUUGUCACUGGCCAGUCGGGUCUCUUCACUCAGUACAACAUCCAGAAGAAACCGAUGACGGUCCGCGAGUUUCGCAAAACCGCCAACACAGACAAAUUCUGUAAUCCCAGAUACGCUGAUUUUGAUGAGCUGGAGAGGAAAUAUUGGAAGAAUUUAACUUUCAACCCUCCGUUAUAUGGGGCGGAUGUUAGCGGAACCCUCUAUGAUCCAGAUGUCACGGAGUGGAAUAUUGGUAAUCUAAACACUAUUUUGGACACUGUGGAGAGAGAAAGUGGGGUCACAAUAAAAGGAGUAAACACUCCGUAUCUUUAUUUCGGCAUGUGGAAGAGUACGUUUGCCUGGCACACCGAGGACAUGGAUCUCUACAGCAUCAACUACCUUCACUUCGGAGAACCCAAGUCAUGGUAUUCUGUGCCUCCGGAGCAUGGGAAGAGAUUGGAGCGUCUUGCUAAAGGAUUUUUUCCUGGAAGCGCUCAGAGUUGCGAAGCCUUCUUACGACACAAAAUGACUUUAAUUUCACCAUCGAUUCUGAGGAAGUAUGGCAUUCCCUUUGACAAGGUGACUCAUGAAGCUGGCCAGUUCAUCGUGACCUUCCCUUAUGGAUAUCACGCAGGGUUUAAUCAUGGAUUCAACUGCGCAGAGUCAACCAACUUUGCCACCCCGCGCUGGAUUGAUUAUGGCAAACAGGCAACAUUAUGUUCUUGCCGGAAGGACAUGGUGAAGAUAUCAAUGGACUUGUUUGUUCGCAAGUUUCAGCCAGAACGUUACAAACUCUGGAAAGCAGGAAAGGACAAUGCGCCCAUCGAUCACACAAAGCACAUACCAGUGGAAGCAGAGCAGACGGAAGAGAGGAGCGAGGUCCUGACAGAAGAGCUCGGAGACAGCAGCGGAGCAGAAGCGGAGAAGACUGGAGAGCUGAAACAUGAAGAGGAGACGAACGCAAACGCUGAAGAGAAGAAAGAAGCUGUUGAUGGACAGCUGGAGACAGAUGAGACGAAGGCUGUUUGUGUUGAAGAACCAAGCAGCACCUCUGAGCUGAACAACAGCUGUCCAAAGCAGAUUGUGGGGAAGAAGCGUCCUCAUGAUGCUGAAGGACAAGAUGACGAUCAGGUUCGAGAAGAGGGGGAUGUAGAGAAGAAGAAGUCAAAAUUGAGCGAAGCUGAGACAGAUGCCUGCCAAGAACAAUCCAUCUCUGCUGAUCCAGGUGAAGAGAAGGUUGAGGAAACCAUGCAGACAGACACUCCCUCUCCAAACCAGGAGGAUAAUCAAGCCCCUUCCCCUCACACAGAGGAAGAGGUUUCUCCAUCAAGCCAGCAGCCACAUCCCACCUCCAGCAGUGACAUCACAGCUCAGGCUCAAGAAGAUGAUGUCACUCCUUUUGAACCCAGUGAUGUCACCUCAUCUUCACAAUCCAAUAGCAUCAGUGAUGUCACGGCUCAGGGCAGUGAUGUCACCACUCAGUCAGAUGCUGUCACUCAAAGCUGCAACAUCCAAACCAAACCUGAUGACUUCACUCAGAACGGUGAUGUCAACAUGGAGCUCGCUGAUGUUGAACCCAGUGACAUCACACCCCAUUCAUGUUCCUCUGACAUCACAGCAGAACAUCAUCUUGCAGAUAUUCCUGCUCAGUCUAGCAUUAACUCCACCCACAUCUAUGAUGUCAUUCCUGAACCCAGAGACAGCACUAUCAGCCCUAAGCAUGAAACCAGCAAUAACUCCACCCACAUGUGUGAUGUCACCCCUGAACCCAGCGACAUCACUAUCAUCCCUAAGCACGAAACUAGCAAUAAUUCCGCCCACGUCUGUGAUGUCAUCCCUGAACCCAGCGACAUCACUAUCAACCCUAAGCAUGAAACCAGCAAUAACUCUGCCCACGUCUGUGAUGUCUUCCCUGAACCCAGCGACAUCAUCCCUGAACCCAGCGACAUCAUCCCUGAACCCAGCGACAUCACUAUCAACCCUAAGCAUGAAACCAGCAAUAACUCCGCCCACAUCUGUAAUGUCAUCCCUGAACCCAGCGACAUCACUGUCAACCCUAAGCAGGAAACCACCAAUAACUCCGCCCACAUCUGUGAUGUCAUCCCUGAACCCAGCGACAUCACUAUCAACCCUAAGCAGGAAACCACCAAUAACUCCGCCCACAUCUGUGAUGUCAUCCCUGAACCCAGCGACAUCACUAUCACCCCUAAGCAGGAAACCACCAAUAAAUCCGCCCAAGUAUGUGAUGUCAUCCCUGAACCCAGUGACAUCACUAUCACCUCUAAGCAGGAAACCACCAGUAGCUCUACCCACAUCUGUGAUGUCAUCCCUGAACCCAGCGACAUCACUAUCAACCCUAAGCAGGAAACCACCAAUAACUCCGCCCACAUCUGUGAUGUCAUCCCUGAACCCAGCGACAUCACUAUCAACCCUAAGCCUGAAACCACAAAUAACUCUGCCCACUUCUGUGAUGUCAUCCCUGAACCCAGCGACAUCACUAUCAACCCUAAGCCUGAAACCACAAAUAACUCUGCCCACUUCUGUGAUGUCAUCCCUGAACCCAGCGACAUCACUAUCAACCCUAAGCAGGAAACCACCAAUAACUCCGCCCACAUCUGUGAUGUCAUCCCUGAACCCAGCGACAUCACUAUCAACCCUAAGCCUGAAACCACAAAUAACUCUGCCCACUUCUGUGAUGUCACCACUGAACCAGGCAGCAGCACCAUCCGCUGUGAGCCCAGCAUUACCACCUCCAUCACAGAACCUGGCAACUGUAUUUCAAACACUAUCAGCACUGAUGAAACAAGUCUUAACCCCGCCCACAUCUGUGACAUCACCACCGAACCUGGCAACAGCACAAUCAGCCCUAUACACGAGCCAGGCGUCAGCUCCACACACACCUCUGACGACACUACAGAACUCGACAGCAGCACCGUCAGCACUAAAUGUGAGUCUGACUUAAGCUUCGCCCAGGUUAAUGAUGUCACCACAGAUCCCAGCAACAGCACUGUCAGCCCUAAUCAAGAGCUUUCCAUUAGCUCCGCCCACAUGGAUAAUGUUACCCUAGAACCCAGCAACAACCUGGUCAGCCCCGAGUGCGAGCCCGACACUAGCACCGCCCUCACUUGUGAUGUCACAACAAAACCAAACAACAUCACUGUAAACGCAAAGGCCACGGAGCUUUCGGAGUCACAGAGUAGCUCCGUGUCUGCAGGCAGCGGUCAGGUGAACCAGUCUGAAGUCCAGCAUAUCUUCCAGAGGACUCUGAGUCCGGCUGAGGUGCUACACGUUCACAGCUACGCUAAAGGAGAUUACAGUGAGCUUGAACCACGCAUCAGGCAUGAGAGGGAACGAGACAGUGAUUCGGAUAGCGAGUCUCAGGAAGACACUAAGAAGACAUCUCGAACCAGAAUCCCCAGACUACCUAGACAUCACCCUUUAAUGAAGGACAUCAUCAGUGAUGAAGAGCUACAGGAGCCAUCAGCAUCAGAGGAGGACGGUCUGGACGGAGAGGCCUGGGCUCGACCUCUGACCCACCUGUGGCAAAACAAACCUUUUAAUCUAGAGAGAGAGCGAGAGUACAACAGAAAGAUGGGGCUGGUGCCCCCCUACUGUGCAGUGUGCAUGCUGUUCCAAGCACACCAGCGGUCUGAAGGGGGCGACAGCGAGUCAGCCGUGGUGUUGCGUGGAGGUCAAAUGAGAACCAAACCUCUGAUUCCAGAGAUGUGUUUCAGCACCACCACAGAGGAUAACGCAGGCGUGCACCUGUCCACACCUCACCUGGACGCAGACGGAACCAGCCUGCUCAUCAGCUGCUCGCACUGCAGCGUCCGUGUGCACACCAGUUGUUACGGUGUGCCUCAAGUAAGAGUCACAAAAGAUUGGAAAUGCGCCCGCUGUAAAGCUAAUGCUCUCUCAGAGAGUUGCUGUUUGUGUUCUUUGAGAGGAGGAGCUUUACACCGAGCCAAUAAUGGCAAGUGGGUUCAUGUGCUGUGCACAGUGGCCGUGCUUGAAGCGCGCUUUGUCAACAUCACAGAACGUUCUCCUGUGGAUCUCAGCGGCAUUCCCUUACAGAGAUUUAAACUGAAAUGCUAUUACUGCAAACGGCGCAUGAAGAAAACGUCAGGAUGCUGCGUGCAGUGCUCUCACGGUCGAUGUCCCACAUCCUAUCACCCCACUUGCGCGCAGGCUGCAGGUGUAAUCAUGCACCCGGACGACUGGCCGUUCAUCGUCUACGUCACCUGCUGCCGGCACAAAGGCCCAGUACAGUCAGAGCGAAACGCAGCAGCUCUGAGAGCCGAGCUCAGCGUGGGUCAAAAGGUCAUCUGCAAACACAAAAACGGCCGUUACUAUCAGUGUGAAGUGAUACAGCUGACAAAAGAGACGUUUUAUGAGGUCAACUUUGAUGACGGAUCCUUCAGCGAUAACCUUUUCCCAGUAGACAUUGUGAACCGGGACUGCGCUCAGCUUGGUCCACCUCCGCAGGGGGAAGUGGUUCAGGUCAGAUGGACCGAUGGCCUUGUUUAUGGAGCCAAAUUCGUGGCAGCACAUGUCAUACAGAUGUACCAGGUGGAGUUUGAGGAUGGAUCGCAGCUCACAGCAAAGAGAGAAGACGUCUACACUCUGGACGAGGAACUUCCCAAGAGGGUCAAGUCUCGUCUGUCCAAGGCCUCGGACAUGCGCUUCGACGAGAUGUUUGGAGAGAAGAAGGUUCAGGAAAGCAAGAGGCAGAGAGUGAUUAACUCCAGAUACAGAGGGGACUACAUCGAGCCCGUCAUCUAUCGAGCCAUCAUGGAGUAGCCGGCAAUGACGCGACCUUCAUCCGAAACCACCAGCACCCAUCCAGCAGACUCUAGCAUACCCUGUUUAUGUCAACAGCGUUCAGAUUGCAGGGGGUCAGAAGCCUGAAGGGGUUUGACCACUUCCUAUAGACCCCUACAAGCUGUCGUUCAUCCAGCAUGUUACGUUUUUCUGGUAUGGGUGUGGAGUCGAUGCAGGGCGUUCAUAGUUCAUAAUCUUUGUACAGAUGUUACCACAUGGUACCCGGAUAAAUUGGCACAGGAAGCAGUAGCUCGUCUCCUUAAUAAUUUUUUUUAAUUGUUCGUAAAAAUACGAUUAUUUGUUAUCUCCAUUUUAUGAAUUGCAUUAAUUUAUUUGACUGAAUUCAGGGCGCUGUUUUACCCAUCUUUUACAGAACGGAGGUGCCAUUAUAAUUUUAUGAAUCCAGAUUUUUUUUUAUAUGAUCUACACUGUUGUAAAUUGUGCAGUUGACAACCUGAAUAUUGUGCUUUAUUUGAAACAUAAUGAAAUCUCAAGAGAUGUUUUUACACGGCUAUUUAUUACCUGGUGCUUUCCGAAAGUAACUUUUACAGUAAAUGUGUGAGUUACUGUGCUGUCCAAGUUCAAAGCCGAUUUGUCAUUCUGUUUUUUGAAAGAGGAUAAAGCCGAAAAUGCCAAGAAUCUCACUUUCACAGCUCACAGAGCCCUGCCUUGCACUCUGUUUCAACACAAUUUCAGGCAUUUUUAAUAAUGUAGCUUAUUGCUGUCAACAUAUUAUCACACCCCCUGGGGUAUUAAUAAGCUAUUUUUGCACUUUUUAACUGUUUUUGUAUGACUUUUUAUCUGUUUCCUUUCAGUAGCCAAGAUCCAGAGAUAACAAUGCAUUUAUGAACGUUGAGGCCGAUUGCCUGUCUGUUGUCCAGCUUUUGGUUAAAGAUUGUAGGAGUCCGCCUUUGUUAGAGGGCUGAGUGUCACCAUAAAUGAAUUAUAAAAGUUUUUUAUCAAGAAGCCUUUAUUAGUUUGUUUUUAAUACAUCUUAAAGGUUCAUAUACUGUGAUAUAGUUUUUGUAUGUUGUAAUUUAAAUAUAUGAAGCUUUCAGCA